AUGCAAUCAUUGACUUUUUUAUCACUCUGUGCACUCGUUAGCGUUUCUUGGGCUGUUCAGUGUUGGCAGUGCAACUCCGGUGCACCGGGACAAGACAAAUGCGCAGCGACGCAAGUCACUGAUCUUGAUCCGAAAUGGAAAAAGGACUGUGGCAAGUUGCGUGAUGGCGAAUACGCGAACAAGCCGGCUAAGGGAUGUCGCAAGAUUGAGCAGUACGUUGGCAAGGAGUCGCAAGUGAUUCGCGAGUGCGCCUAUUCGGGCGAAGAAGUUGAUGGACUGAAAAAGACAGGCAACACCGGCAUCCAGCUCUACUAUUAUCAGUGCAAAGGUGAAGGGUGCAAUUCCUCUACGCUCACCUCAGCUCUCACUGCUUUCUCCGUGAUCGCUGUGGCUCUCGGGCUCCGAUAU